GAGCGUGGAAUCUGAGGAAAGCAGGAAAAGGGAGUCUCGGUUUUUUUCUGCGCUCUGGGGGUUGUAAGCUAUUGGCUUUUUUGCUGUUCGUGUUUACACCUUGGCAUUGUCGAAGUAAAGCAGUCCGAGAGAGGAUGCAGAGACGGAGGCAUACACACAGCAAGGCACGGAGCGGAGAAACGCGUUGUCAGAAUACACUGGCAGUGUAGCAGCCGCGUUUCAACAGCACAGCUGCUGAAGUCGGAAGAAAUCUUGAGUUCUCGUUAUUUUCCGACUUUCUUUGCAAGCAUGACGGGCUUUUUGAAAACGCCACACCGACUGAUAUAACUUUGCGUGCUUGUGUGUUUGGUAGUACGAACGUGAAUAAUUUAUGAAAUGACGAAAUUAUACGAUAUCUAGGGAACUUUUUUGUUUUUUUUACAAGUUUUCUUGUUGGUUUUUCCUUCGUAUUCAGUUUCACGAUUUAUUUUUUGAUGGGGUAGUGAAGCAGAUUCAAGAAGUCAAUACAAACUGAAAAUAUUUUCAGUUUUUUUUUUUUUUUUUUUUGUGGUAUCACUUUUGUGACUCAAAGGGAUAUAUAACUGCUACAAUUGGUACUUUUUAAUAGCCGGCAUAUAACAUACAUACGAAAUAUACUCUCCAUAUUCAGUUUAGAAACUGUGUCCUUCUAUAUAAAAAUAAUAAUAAUAAUAAUAAUAAUAAUAAUAAUAAUAAUAAUAAUAAUAAAAUAUAAGUACAAUUAAGAAAUACCUUUAAAACCUUCAACCCGAUACAGAGGUGGAAGGGAGGCCAGUGUCGGCGAAUUCCCCGGGACCUUGGACAGUUACUUAGCCGGGAAGCGAUGCACUCAUCUCGGAUACAGCGGUCCGCGGCGCUCGGUCUGCUGAUGGUUUAUCUUGUGUUUUGUAACCCACGAGUCACCGAAGCAGGCCCCGGUGAUUACAGCGAUGUGCUCCCGGACUCGUUCCCCUCGGCUCCCGCGGAGCCCCUCCCCUCGUUCCAGCAGGAGCCGGACGACGCCUACAUCGUGAAGAACAAUCCUGUGGAAUUGCAUUGCAGGGCCACGCCCGCUGCACAGAUCUACUUCAAAUGCAACGGGGACUGGGUCAACCAGAAUGACCACGUGACCAGAGAGAGCCUGGACCAGAUCACAGGGCUGGUGGUUCGAGAGGUGGAUAUCGAGGUCUCUCGCACUCAGGUAGAGGAGCUCUUUGGACUGGAUGAUUUCUGGUGCCAGUGCGUGGCCUGGAGCUCUGCUGGGACUACAAAGAGCAGGAGGGCUUACGUCCGCAUCGCAUACCUGCGGAAGAACUUCGAUCAGGAGCCGCUGGGGAAGGAGGUCCCGCUGGAGCACGAGGUGUUAUUACAGUGCCGGCCACCAGAGGGCAUCCCAGGGGCUGAGGUAGAGUGGUUGAAGAACGAGGAGCCCAUUGACCCCACCAGAGACUCCAACUUCCUGAUCACCAUCGAUCACAACCUCAUCAUCAAGCAGGCUCGGCUUUCUGACACGGCCAACUACACCUGCCUGGCCAGGAACAUCGUGGCCAAGAGACGCAGCACCACCGCCACCGUCAUUGUAUACGUGAACGGAGGCUGGUCCACGUGGACAGAGUGGUCCCCCUGUAAUACUCGCUGUGGCCGUGGCUGGCAGAAGCGGACUCGGUCCUGUACCAACCCUGCACCCCUCAAUGGAGGAGCCUUCUGUGAGGGGCAGCCCUACCAGAGAGUCACCUGCAACACACUGUGCCCAGUGGACGGAGGCUGGACGGAAUGGGCGAAGUGGUCUGCCUGCAGCACGGAGUGCACACACUGGCGCAGCCGCGACUGCCAGGCCCCGGCACCCGUGAAUGGGGGGAAAGACUGCAGCGGCCUGCUGCUCCAAUCGAAGAACUGUACCGACGGACUCUGUAUGACCAAUAAAAAGCUUUUUGUUGAGCAUAAAAUCCAUCCUCUGGAGGUGACGGGUGAUGUAGCGCUGUAUGCCGGCCUGGUGGUGGCGCUGUUUAUUUUCCUGGUGAUCAUGACGGCGGUGGGCAUGGUGAUCUACCGGCGGACAUGCAGUGACUUCAACACCGACAUCACUGAUUCAUCGGCCGCCCUGACCGGAGGCUUUCACCCCAUCAACUACAAACCUCCCCGACACGAUAACCCCCAUCUCCUGAACGCCUCGAUCCAGCCCGACCUGACCGCCAGCGCAGGCUCGUACCGGGGGCCCAUGUACUCUCUGCAGGACUCGGGAGACAAGAUCCCCAUGACUACCUCUCCCCUGCUGGACCCCCUUCCCAGCCUGAAGAUCAAGGUGUACAACUCCUCCACCGUCUCCUCUCUGGGGCUGUCCAGCGGAGGGGAGUUGCAGGAAGGGGGGCCCAUCGGCAAGGCACCCAUGGGGACCUACCCCGGGGGAGGGGGGCUGUCCCAGGACAGAGAGAUCCUAAACCAGAAGAACAAGGCUCUUGGCUCCUCACAGCACCUCCACACCCUCCCCAGGGAGCCUGGGAACAGCGUCAGAGGGACAUUCGGCUGCUUAGGGGGGCGACUCAUUAUCCCCAACACAGGUGUCAGUCUGCUGGUUCCCCAGGGCACAAUCCCGCAGGGGAAGUUCUACGAGAUGUACCUCAUCAUAAACAAGCGCGACAACACAACGCUCCCCUCGGAGGGCACACAGACUGUCCUGAGCCCCGUGGUGACAUGUGGUCCCGCAGGGUUGCUGCUGUGCCGCCCGGUCGUCCUGAGUGUACCGCACUGCGCUGACCUGGCCUCCUCUGACUGGAUAGUGAAGCUCAAGACACAGGCACACAGCCAAUGGGAGGAGGUGGUAACACUGGAUGAGGAAACUUUCAGCACGCCCUGUUACUGCCAGUUGGAACCUCAAUCCUGCCAUGUGCUCCUGGACCAGCUGGGAACCUACAGUCUGGUGGGGGAGUCGUACUCCAGUGCUGCUCUCAAGAGCCUCCAGCUGGCCAUCUUCGCACCCACUACCUGCAGCUCCCUUGAGUACAGCCUCAAAGUGUAUUGCAUAGAGGACACGCCUGACGCACUCAAGGAGAUCCUGGAGCUCGAACGGAACCAGGGAGGGUACCUGUUGGAGGAGCCCAAGCCUCUACUUUUCAAAGACAGUUACCACAACCUGCGACUCUCCAUCCAUGACAUCCCUCACUCCCUGUGGAAGAGCAAGCUGCUGGCCAAAUACCAGGAGAUCCCUUUCUAUCACAUCUGGAGUGGCAGCCAGCAUGCCCUGCACUGCACCUUCAACCUGGAGAGACACAGCCUGGCAUCCACUGAGCUCACCUGCAAGAUCUGUGUGCGCCAGGUGGAGGGAGAGGGGCAGAUCUUCCAGCUGCACACCUUCAUCCAGGAGAACGUGACACCGUUUAACCCCUUCCCCGCUGCGGACAGUGGCCCUUGCCCCUCCAUUCAGGUGGGGCCCUAUGCCUUUAGGAUACCCUCAUCCAUCCGAUAUAAGAUCUGCAGCAGCCUUGAUGCACCCACCUCACGGGGCAACGACUGGAGAUUGCUGGCACACAAUUUGGGCUUCGACAGGUAUCUGAAUUACUUUGCCACCAAGUCGAGCCCCACAGGUGUGCUGUUGGACCUGUGGGAGGCCUGUCACCAUGACGAUGCGGACCUCAACUCGCUGGCAAGCGCACUCGAGGAGAUGGGCAAGAGCGAGGUGCUGGUGGUCAUGGCAACCGAGGGGGACUGCUGAGGAGGGGUGGGGCUACGAACUCGCAGGGCAAGACCACUCAGAACAGAGGAGGCAAAGCGAAACCCCACCACACAGCCAAGGUGCAUUUAUCGAAUCACACGGCAAGAUACAAGUGUGCAAAAGACACAAAGCAUAAUGAUACAGUAACGACAAUAUCGCUAACGCUAAAGAGACAAUAAGCACUGGGAUAUGAAUGGAAAUGGAAAUCCCAGCAUGCAGAAAAGCUUGGUGCAUGUCAUCAUAAUACAUGGGUCAGGAUAUAAACUGAGCUAAGCUACAGUCUCCAUGCGUAUUGCACUAUGCAGGUCAGAUUAUGAUGGGUUUUAGAUGAUCAUUAAUGCUCAUUAUUGAAAUGCUAGGGAAAACUUCUAAAUGUGUGUGUUAAAGAAAUUCACACCUGACAGCCUGAAGAAGUUGUCUGCAGCUGGCUUGGAGUGCUUGCCUUUCUCUCUCAAUGUUUUUGGUGGAUCUCAGAUCGCUAUGCAGCAUUGUGUGAUUCAGUGUAUCGCUGUGUGUCACGCCAUUGUACGAUGAUAUGUAUCGUGUGAUUAAUUAUUGUGGGUGGUUGCAUCUUGACGAAUCGAUGACUCUUUGACCUCUGCCCCUUGUCUUGUGUGGCUUCAGUGUUCCUGGGUGGGAAG